GCAUCUCCCAGGAUGCCUGGCGGCGGCUUGGGCACGGAUGAGUGUCUCCAAGGAGGAGGAGGAGACUCCUUCCCCCUCACCAGGCUAAGCGACGGCUUGGUGGGUUGGCGGAAGCGGCGCCGCGGAGUCGGGAGGAGGAUGGGAGGUGAGUAUGGAUGGGCCCGGCUGCCUUCCCCACCCACUCCUUGUAGUCCUUGAGCAGAAUUCAUGAACCGAAUACUAGCGGGGUGGGGUAGAAGAGGGAGCCUGGGCGCACGACAGAGGAAGGGGUCGGCCGAAGGAGUCCCUGAAGAUGCUGAAGCCCUGCGGUAUAUAUAUUAAUGAGCAUCUCCAUCUCCAAAGAGCAGGAAAACCGUCUGCCCCAGUCGCCGCCGCCACCACGUACUGCUCCGCAAAGCUGACAGGUUCUGCUCUGUAGUUCGGUCCAAGUCCACAGCGCAAUUCUACGUAUUUUUUACUCGGAAGUCUCUCUUUACUCUCUGGGGCUUACUGCCAGUUGAGACACUAUGAUGGAUAACCGCUUUGCCACUGCCCUGGUAAUUGCCUGUGUGCUUAGUCUUAUUUCCACCAUCUACUUGGCAGCCUCUAUUGGCACAGACUUUUGGUAUGAGUACCGCAAUUCAUCACCACCAGAAAAUUACAGUGAAAUUAAGGUCACUUGGGAUGAAUUCCUUGGUGAAGAUGAAAAAUCUUAUACAGAAGCUCUCUUUCGAUGGAAUGGAACCAUUGGUCUGUGGCGGAGGUGCAUCACAAUGUCUGAAAACUCUUACUGGUUUAACUCACCAGCUGAGAUGGUCACAAGAUGUGUCAGUUUUUCCCUUUCUGAUCAAUUCAUGGAAAAAUAUAAUGAUCCUGGGAAUCAUAAUAGUGGCAGUGAUCUGAACAGGACCUAUCUUUGGCGCUUGCAGUUCCUCCUUCCCUUUGUCAGCCUAGGACUGAUGUGUUUUGGGGCUCUUAUUGGGGUCUGUGCUUGUGCCUGCCGCAGUCUGUACCCUGCCAUUGCCACAGGAGUCCUCCAUUUCCUAGCAGGUUUGUGCACACUGGGUUCUGUUGGCUGCUAUGUAGCUGGAAUUGAGCUGCUCCACCAGAAGCUAACCCUUCCGGAUGAUGUGCAAGGCCAGUUUGGCUGGUCCUUCUGUCUGGCCUGCGUCGCAGCACCUCUGCAGUUCAUGGCUGCUGCCCUUUUCAUCUGGGCUGCGCGUACUAACAGGAAGGAAUUCACACUCCUGAAAGCAUACCGUGUAGCUUAACAGGAUAUUUCAUUGCUUCCCAUGUCUCCUUUUCCCAUAAUGAGAUGUCUUUUUGCCCAUUUUACCUCCUUGUUCUUCCUUUUUUUAUUAAAUUGAUGAUUUACCUGUUCCACAAAAUGCAUGCUUCUUGCCACUUGAAAUGAAAUAGCUUGAGGGUUCUUAUUUAAAAGCCCUUGGAGGCCAGAUUAUCAUGAAUAGCAUUUUGUUGCCAGAGAUCUGCAGGGUUUUAACAAGUUUCUAAUCUUUUUUUUCUAAACUAUAAUUUUGAUGGCAUGUCUUUGUUACUGCCAAUGCUAUGCAUUUUUUUCGUAUCUAAACCUGAUCUGCAAGAACAACUGACAGGAUGGUGUCAGCAGGAGAAAAAAGAUUUUAAUUACACUAAUGUUGGCAGUAUGCAUAUUAUGACCCACUAGGAAAUAAACCGAUGCAAUCUCUUUCAUAACAUGGAACUUCCUUCUAGAUUGUGAUACAAUAUUGUUCCCCUCCCUCUUAUAUCUAUCACUGUAUCUCUUUCAACCCUUCUGGCCUGAUUGUUGUAAAAAGGCUGGUAGCCAUUACCUUUCUAAAUUCAGUGAAAUGAUGUCAUGGUUUGUUUGUUUUUUCUCCUUGUAGCUUCCAUGACAAGGUGUAACUUCUAAUUUGACUAAUGUAAGUGUGUAUAUAAAUCUGACUUUUAAAAUACUUUAUUUAUGCAAUGCAAUUCCUUACUGGAUUUUUGUAUAAGUAUUAUUCAUGUCACCUAAAUGAAAACUGUUGUUUAAAAAAUAAACCUAGCAAAGGCUCAUGAA